ACGUCUUUGUAAAAGUAGUCAAAAAAGAAAAUAAUAAGAAUUGAAGAAGAAUAUUCCCGUAAAUUCUGGGGGGUUGAGACAUGGAUCACAUCUUUAAAUUCAUGUCAUCUCAAAACACCAACUCUUCCCAAAUCCAAAUCCCACAAAUAAUGGCUCUUAAAACGGCAUGUGUCACACAACUGUCAAAUCCUAAUAAUAAUAAUAUUCUUCUUGAUCAUGAUGACACAAACAACAACGACGUGAAUCCUGCAGCUACAUUCAUCAAUCAUAACAAUAAUAAUCUUGAUCAACUUUCCAAUGAUGACGACGACAACGUUAAACGUUCGGACGUGUUUCGUGAUAAGCUCGCGAAGAAUGAGUUUAUGGUAAUAGGACAUCGUGGCACAGGAAUGAAUUUAUUACAAUCCCCUGAUCCUAGAAUGAAAUCCAUCAAAGAGAACUCUAUUCUCGCUUUUAAUUCUGCCGCCCAAUUAAAUCUUCAUUUUCUCGAAUUCGAUGUUCAGGUGACCAAGGAUGGUUGCCCAGUCAUCUUCCAUGACAGUUUCAUAUACACCCAAGAUAAGGGUGAAAUAAUUGAGAAAAGAGUUACAGAUCUGAAUCUAGACGAGUUUCUUUCGUAUGGACCUCAGAGGGAUCCUAAUAGAGUGGGUAAACCUUUGUUUAGAAAAACAAAAGAUGGGAGAAUUUUUGAGUGGAAAGUUGAAAAGGAUGACUAUCUAUGCACAUUAGAAGAGGUGUUUCAAAAUAUCAACCACUCCAAGGGAUUCAAUAUCGAGUUUAAGUUUGAUGAUAAUAUUGUGUACAAAGAAGAAGAAUUGGUUCACGCCAUAGAAAUUGUUCUUUGUGUUGUGUCCAAGUAUGCUAAAGACCGCUCCAUAUUUUUUUCAAGCUUUCAGCCUGAUGCUACUCUUUUGGUCCGGAAACUCCAAAGCACUUAUCCUGUUUUCUUUCUCACAAAUGGAGGGUCUGAGACAUAUACGGAUGUUAGGAGGAAUUCUUUGGAUGAAGCAAUAAAACUGUGCUUAACAGGCAGUUUAAAUGGAAUCGUUGCUGAAGUGAGAUCAGUUUUAAGAAAUCCAGGAGUAAUAAGAAGAAUCAAAGACUAUAAUCUAUCUCUCAUAAGCUAUGGCCAGUUAAAUAACGUUCGAGAGGUGGUGCACGCACAAAUCUUGAUGGGCGUUGAUGGGGUGAUUGUAGACUUGGUUCAAGAGAUAACCGAAGCGGUUGCAGAAUUUAGCAAAAAGGCUGAAAAAGAUGGAGUUGUUAGAGAGGGGGAAAGUGAUGACAUCAAGUGCUCACAUUAUGAACUUUCAAACCUAAUGAAGCUGAUUCCAAAUUUAGUACAACUAUAAUUGGGCAAAGUCAUAUGAUGUAACAUUUUACGAAAUUGAUUCCCAUAAGUUGUGUUCAUUAUGAAUAUGACAGUAAUCAUACGUGUUCGUUGUUGUGUGUAAAUAUGUUAGUAGUGAAGGUUAUGGGAAUUAAAAGGGGAACAAGACCCCAUAGUGUAGAAAACUUGCUGGUUAGAUGAAUAUGCAGGUAGCCUUGGAAUGCAUUAUGAAAGA